AACCGGCAGAAGUUAGAAGGGGGCGCCAUUAUUCAACCAUCUUUGUGAGUUCCCCACCUCCGCCAGUGGAGUGGACUCUGACUCUGAGAGGGAAUUCUCAAACUUCAACUUUUACACACUCCAUCUCCGUCCAUGCUUUUUCAAUACCUUUUCACCUCCAGCUUUAAUGGCCACCUCCAUUUCCCACCUCUCACUCUCUCCAAAACCCCCAUUUUUACCGCUCUACCCCUCUCUUCCCUACUGCUCACCUCUCGCGCUCCCACCCAGGUCCUCCAAGCUCCACUGCUGUCUCUCUGUCAAACAACAAGCAAAUGACUCAAAUGAGCAAAUAUCCACCACCCAAAACGACGCUGCCAACACUCUCCGUGUCGCUUUCGCAGCAGGCGGCACGGGUGGCCACAUAUACCCGGCAGUAGCCAUAGCUGACGAGCUCAAAAUCGUCAUCCCCACCGUCCAAAUCCUCUUCUUAGGCAUACCCAAUAGCAUGGAAAGCGCCGCUAUCCCCUCCGCCGGCUAUGCCUUCGCCUCCGUCCCCGCCGCGCCAUUGGCACGACCUUUCGUCUCCUUCCAAAACAUCUUGCUCCCUAUACGUUUGAUCAAAAGUCUGAUCCAAAGUUAUAAAAAACUGCGCGAGUUCGAUCCCCAUAUUGUCAUCGGUACCGGCGGGUACGUCUCGUUCCCAGUUUGCCUCGCCGCUGCCCUGAAGGGCAUUAAGCUUGUGAUCCAAGAGCAGAACUCGGUGCCAGGGAUCGCGAAUUGGCUUCUUUCUAUCUUGGCGGAAGUGGUUUUCGUGGCCUUUCACUCCACCAUUGACUGUUUUCCAAUCAAGAAUAAGUGUGUGGUGUGUGGGAAUCCCGUGAGGGUGGCGUUGAGGCAUCAUGUUCCGAAGGCGGUGGCAAGGUUGAGGUUCUUUCCGAAGUCUGGAAAGGCGGGGGAUUCGGAGGGAAAGGUUUUGUUGGUGCUUGGAGGGUCUUUGGGUGCUAAUGCUAUUAAUAUUGCUUUGUUGAAUUUGUAUUAUAUGCUGUUGGAAAACGAGAAAUUGUAUAUCAUAUGGCAGACAGGGGUGGAGUCAUAUAAUGAGAUGGAGAGCCUCGUGAAAAAUCACCCGCAUUUGUAUCUGACGCCGUUUAUGCAUUCUAUGGACUUGGCUUAUGCAGCUGCAGAUCUUAUCGUUUCUAGAGCUGGUGCUAUGACUUGUUAUGAGAUCUUGGCCACUGGGAAACCUUCCAUUCUGAUACCAUCCCCAAAUGUUGCUGAAGGACAUCAAUUCAGAAAUGCUUCCUUAAUGGCAGAUUUAGCAGGUUCCAGGGUGAUAACUGAAGAUGAACUUGAUUCAACCACCCUUGCUCUUGCAAUUGAAGAGAUAUUAGGGGAUGAGGGAAAGAUGGCGGACAUGUCUGAGAGGGCUCUCAAAAUUGCAAAGCCCAAUGCCUCUGCAGAGAUUGCACAACACAUUUUAUCUUUAGUUAACUUAUCAACGGCGAAGGAGAAGCACUAAAGUUAUGUCAUGGCUGAACUAUAUAUUCUGCUUGACUAAGGACCAGGCUGUAAGUUUUGCUUGUGGCAUUCAAUUUGUUGUCUAACAAAGGAGUGAAUUUUUUCUUCACAAGAAGUCAUAUUUAAGGAAGUUGAGAUGAAA